CGCUCAAUCUUUUUGGGUCAUCGGUGAACCUCCCCCGCCGUUAGUCACCUGCUGCUUUUGCCAUAUAUCAGCCCAGAUCCUCUUUUUCUCCUUCCUUUUCAACUGACUGAAAACUAUAAUCAGCCUGUCCAAUUCCAACAUGCCUAUUUCUAAGAUCCACGCUCGCUCCGUGUACGACUCGCGCGGCAACCCCACCGUUGAGGUGGACGUUGUCACCGAGACCGGUCUUCACCGCGCCAUUGUCCCCUCCGGUGCUUCUACUGGCCAGCACGAGGCCGUUGAGCUCCGCGAUGGUGACAAGACCAAGUGGGGUGGUAAGGGUGUCCUCAAUGCCGUCAAGAACGUCAACGAGGUCAUUGGCCCCGCCCUCAUCAAGGAGAACCUCGAUGUUAAGGAGCAGGCCAAGGUCGACGAGUUCCUGAACAAGCUCGAUGGUACCCCCAACAAGGGCAAGCUCGGUGCCAACGCCAUCCUCGGUGUUUCUCUGGCCAUUGCCAAGGCUGCCGCCGCUGAGAAGGGUGUUCCCCUCUACGCUCACAUCUCCGACCUUGCCGGAACCAAGAAGCCCUUCGUCCUGCCCGUUCCCUUCCAGAACGUCCUGAACGGUGGCUCCCACGCCGGUGGCCGUCUCGCCUUCCAGGAGUUCAUGAUUGUGCCCGACACUGCUCCCACUUUCUCCGAGGCCCUCCGCCAGGGUUCCGAGGUCUACCAGAAGCUCAAGACUCUUGCCAAGAAGAAGUACGGCCAGUCCGCCGGUAACGUCGGUGACGAGGGUGGUGUCGCUCCUGAUAUUCAGACCGCUGAGGAGGCUCUUGACCUCAUCACCGAUGCCAUUGAGCAGGCUGGCUACACUGGCCAGAUCAAGAUUGCCAUGGAUGUUGCCUCCAGCGAGUUCUACAAGGAGGAUGCCAAGAAGUACGAUCUUGACUUCAAGAACCCCGAGAGCGACCCCACCAAGUGGCUCACCUACGAGCAGCUUGCCGACCUCUACAAGUCCCUCGCUGCCAAGUACCCCAUUGUCUCCAUCGAGGACCCCUUCGCUGAGGAUGACUGGGAGGCCUGGAGCUACUUCUACAAGACCUCCGACUUCCAGAUUGUCGGUGAUGACUUGACUGUCACCAACCCUCUGCGCAUCAAGAAGGCCAUUGAGCUCAAGUCUUGCAACUCCCUUCUCCUGAAGGUCAACCAGAUCGGUACCCUGACCGAGUCUAUCCAGGCUGCCAAGGACUCCUACGCCGACGGCUGGGGUGUCAUGGUCUCUCACCGUUCCGGUGAGACCGAGGAUGUCACCAUUGCUGACAUCGCUGUUGGCCUCCGCGCCGGUCAGAUCAAGACCGGUGCCCCUGCCCGUUCCGAGCGUCUUGCCAAGCUUAACCAGAUCCUCCGUAUUGAGGAGGAGCUUGGUGCCAACGCUGUCUACGCUGGCGACAAGUUCCGCACUGCUGUCAACCUGUAAAUGCAGCCUUUUGGCAGCAUAGAUCGGGCCUGAUGAGGGCCCAUCAAAAACGAUGGUUUGAUGAUCUACGGAACUAUCGCCCAUGAUGAUUAUGAAUUUAAUAGGAUCUUUUUCAAUGAAAACAAAUUUCCACCAUUUCAUAAAUUAGAAAA